CCCACCAGGCACCAAAACCCCCGUCCCCCGUCCCCCGCCCUCCGCCGCCGUCGUGGCCCCACCCGCCAAACCCUAGCCCCCGUCGCCGGCAGCGGUGGGCAGCGGCGAUGGCCACCGCGCGCGACGUCGAGGAGGUCGUCCAGAAGCUCGCCUCCGACCGCGCCAGGCCCCGCGAUGAAGGGGUGAAGCUGCUGGGGACGUGGCUGCAGGGCGACCGCGCCCCCACCUUCUGCCGCCUCCUCGCCCGCAACACCGCCAGGGCCAAGCCCGGCCACCUCGCCUCCGGGGCCACGUGGCCGUUCCUCAUCACCGCGCUCGCCAAGUGCGUCCUCGCCGACAUCGCCGCCAAGAGGCGCGGAGCCACCAGGAGCGCCGCCGCCGGGAUGCUCCGCGCCGCCGUCCGCUGCGCAGAGGACGCCAGGCUCUCAGGGCACUCCUUACUUCUGAUUUCAGUUGCUAAGCAGCUUUUUAGUCAUAUAUUGGAGGUCAUAAAAGAUGCUCCCAGCUUUCAGCUAGAGUACAGCCCAAUUCUCCGGCAGCUUUUGACUGUGAAGGAGUACCGGUAUCAGAUGAAACCUCGAACAUACAGUAAUCUUGUAGUGCUCUAUAUGAAGAAGGUUGCGACUGGUUUUGAUGCAAACUUCAGCAAUCAAGCCAGCUCAAAGGAGGAAUCCUUCCGCUGUACGUGGACUCUCCAUGUUCUACUUGAAAACCCACCUGGCGAUUAUCCUGACACCAUGAGGGAGGAGGUUCUUAAUGGAUUCUGUGCAAUAUUCUCACAUAUUAGGAGGGAGGAUGGAAAGCUGACUAGCAAGCUCAUGGAAUGCGUUAACACCUUUUUACUCAUGGAUGGACCAAACCUUGGAGACAAAUCUGUGGAGAUCCAUAAAGCAGUUCAAGAUUUUGUAUUGCGUUCGUGGCUGAUGACUCGUGAUCUGCGGCUGAAGAGUUUGUUCAUCACAUAUGCGAAAAUUCAGUUGAAGCUUGCUAGAGCUAUUCCAAAGGUUUUGGAAAGAAAAAACCUUCUUGGUGUCAUCAUGGACGACCUAGAUCAAAAUGUUAACACUGAAGCAGGUUUAUUAUGGUGUGAGGCAUCUCGAGAUGCGAAAGACAUGUCCUUAAGAUGCUCCUUGGAAGAGUUAAUGGAUCUAUCUGCUACUAUUUUUUACCAGGCAUAUAAAUCCCCCACACCAAUGAGAGGAGAUGAUGAGAAAAAAUUGAAGACGGAGGAUGUUAUUAGCCGCAUCACGAAUAGCCUAAAAAAAGGAUCUCUAUGUUGGAUUGGUACCACAUGUCUUCUUAUUCACAAGUAUGGAUAUCGAGUGGACAAAUCUUUGUUGAUCAGUUGGCUCCAAGCAUGUUGUCAAUCUUUGAAAAGUGCUUUGAGCAAGGCAAACGUCAUACGUUCUCAGGAUUCACUGCUUUGGAUUAUCAGGGCACUUAAGGAGUUCUCUGCGAUGUUCAUAGUGAAUACUAGGGAGGAAUCACAUUAUUUAUUAACAAAAGGCGAGAUGUCAACUGUUGAAGGUUAUUGGCAAGAUAUCUGGAAUUCCCUCAUUCAUGCACUUCCUUUGUUUAGCCCCACAGCUCUAGUGGCUGAUUCAGCUCUAAAUCUGUUGGGUGGAAUGAUCAUGCGGGAUCAAGUCCAUACUUCAGUUGUGUCAGAAGAUACAUGGAACCUGCAAACUUUUAAACAAUCGCCAUCACCGUCUGCUCUGUACUUCAUUGCUUGUUACUUCUCAAGGAUAGGGUUGCAGGGCGAUUUAUCCAAUUCUAGCCUUGUUCGAAAGAAUCUGCUAAGAUCAACUUUGGAGUUGAUUCAGUCAGUGUCAAAGGUGGGAUCCUCUCUUUUAAAUGAGCAAAAUGCUGUGAUGAUUCCUGAAGCCAUUUUUUCUAUCUGUGCUGGUUUUUCAUCAUCAGCCAUUAACUCAGCAAAUGCAUCCCAACUGUUUGAUGAAUGCAAGGACUUCUCCAAGUUGUUACUCGAGAGUGAAAAUUGGGUCAUCAAAGAUGAACUAGGUUACUCUGUGGAAGCCUUAUCAGAAAUCAGUACUGAAAGUUCUACCAAGGUUAUAUCUGAUAAAUGCAACCGAGCACACCUCCCUGGGCACAUCCAACAGCAAUUGCUUGAUCAGCUUAUGGAGUUCGAAGGAUUUAUGGCCUCAAAUGAACAGCUUGAGAAAGUGGACUUAUGUACUCUUGUAUACCGUUGUUCCCUCCUCUGCAAUCUAAUUCAUUGCGCGCUAUUGUCAAGGGCAAUAGAAGAAAAUUCUUUAUUUCUUAAAGAAUUAUUUGGUUAUGUUACUGGCAUCAUAAAAUAUAUGAUAUCAAUGGUUAUGAAAAAGCACGAGGAACUAUCUCAUGGUCUUACUAGUGUAGGCUCUGCAUUUGAGGCAGCUGGCUCCAUUUUAUCCUCAUUUCAGACCUUCCUCUCUGCUCCAAUUUUUAGACUGCGGAGUGUUAGUAACAGAGCCAGCUCUGUGCUUAUUAAAGGUGUCACUGUAUUGCUUGAUGAACUAUUGGUGGAAUUCUCUCAGUUGUUUUCUCGUCUUUCUAGCUCUGCGAAUAAUUCUGAUAGUGAGAACACUAGUAAAAUGUUGCGAAUAUCUUCUGUCAACUUGUCAGAAGAUCUAAAUCCUUUUGUUGACCGCAAAAGUGUUGUUGAUAUGGAUUUUGAUAUGACGGACUCUGGUGAGGUUGACUCUAUCACAGCUGGUGUAAGUGGAAGUAUUGGUAUCUCGUCACGCCUUUUGGAGUGGAAGCUUGAACUAGUUGGUGUUAUUUCAACUUUUUUCUCAGUGUCAGCACCCCAUACAUGGGAAAUUUUGUACAACUUAGUGGAGAAAGAGAGUGAUGUCAAGGUCUCCCAUGCCAUCCUGCUUAAUCUUUGUCAAAAUAUCUCCUCUUCAUCUAAAAGUUUAUCUUCUGUGGUCCAUUUGAUAUCCGAUAUGAGGGACAAAUGUGCAAGUUUACUACUUGGUUCUGCUGACUGCUUAACACAUGUACAUGCCUUGUUAAGAACUUUAAUGGUUACACGUGAUGUUGGACAAAAUACUGAUGGAAAGCUGCAAGCAUAUAAUGAGGUUUCAAAUGAGAACCAGGACAUUCUAUUGGACUUGGUGACUAAAGGUACUGAGAUCAGCAUCACAGAUUGGUUUUUCCGGAUCAAGCUCAUUGAUUGCAUCACCCACUUUAUUCACUUGUUCCCUGAUGGUGCCCAGGAUAUGAUUGGACAUUUCCUCAACAUGCUGCAUGAUACUGAUUAUCGUGUUAGGUUGUAUCUGGCUAGGAAAAUGGUUGUGCUAUUCGAAACAUGGGAAGGACAUGAUGAAUUGUUUCGUGACGUUUGCUCAAAUAUUGGUGUCAAGAUGGUGCAGUUCUCCAGUGAGAUUCCAGUUAAAUCUAGAGAAGUCUUAGCUAUUGGUCCACAAUCUGUUCCAGUUAUUGAAACUGUCCUCAUUACAUUAGCUCAUUUGUCUGUGCAUAGUGAGGAGGUUGAAUUUGAGUGUGCAUUCAUGAUUUCUGCUGUUGCUGCUAUACAGCCUUCUCAGCGAAAAUUGGAAUAUGCUUUAUUUGAUUCUAUCUCAAGAAAGCUCAGUUACGCUUCACGAAGUAAGUAUUUGGACCAACUGAUGGGUCCAAUUCUCUUCCGGUGGGUUGCCUGUGAAGUGAGCCUAGUUUCGCUUGUUAAGGUGCAAGAGAUGUUUGGUUUUGAUACGGCCAAGCCAAAGGAGUUCAUUGAACAUAUCUGCCCAUGGCUUCUUUCGUUCCUUAUUCUCAGGGGUGAUGCUGCUGGUCUUAAUUGGAUAUCCAAGACGUUGUUACAACCUUUAUCUGCUGUCAUCAAGGGAUAUUUUAUUCAGAUCUUUGGAUUGUGUAUUGCCGCCAAAAAUGGCACUGGGCCAGAGAAGGACUUGGCAGAAACUGUCUUAUAUGAAUCACUUUUACAGCUUGGCGAAAUUUCUGAGUUUGAGCGUGAUGAUCUCAUUAGAAAACAUAUGGUUUCCAUUGUGGGCGUUUUGCUCACAGUUUCAUCCACUGCUCGCCAAUCAGAAUUGCCAUACUUUUCCAGGGAGAUUUUAGCACGCACAAUCAAACAAGUUGUUGACGGAUUCAUGGAUACAGCGGAUGACGAUUCGGCUGAUACGGUGGUUAUUGACAAAGUUAAUAUAUUCCGUGCUGACAGAGUUUUUAAGUUCCUGUUGGCAAUACAUCAACAAGUUACAGAAGCAGGCCAUCCUAGGCACAUGAGUCAUCGGCUUUGUGCGAUUGAGGUUUUAAUAGAUGUACUUGGGCACAGAGUGGUACAUUAUAGCACUUGCUUCUAUAUUAUUUGUAUAGUGGGGAAUUAUAUCUGGAGGCAACCACUGCAAGGCCAGUGCUGCAACAUUUUAUCUAAAUUGUUGGUUGCUUUCAAUGCAAACUCAUCUACAGAAACUGUCGCUGUGCUUGGCACACAGCUCCAGCUUUUGGUUCCUAAAUUAAUCACCUGUUGCCUACCUAAUGAUCAAGAAGGAGGACGUCCCAAUGGGGAUUUGUCGAAAAUUCUAUCUUUGCUUCGUCAAUUAACAGUUGAUGCUGAUCCCUUGCUUUAUGAUUACAUACGAGAUUUGGAACCACUUCCUGGUCUUGAUUGCUUGAAAGAUAUAAAAGUUUUCCAUGCUUCACUUUCUGACUCAUAUGCCUCAAGAGACCAGUUUCUGAAGUUUGUUCACAGGGCUCCUCACUUGCCUGCAGAAUUAUUUUUGGUGAGUCUUCGUACACAUCACAAGAAGUUAUUAUUGGGAGAAAUCAUCUGCAGAGGCGAUGUAUCUGUCGGUAAUGCUGACACAGUUAGUUGCUGGCGCAGCGACCCAGAUGUUGUUUCGGCUGUAUGGACUCUUGUUGGCCUUUGCAGCUCAUCAUCUGUUGCAAAUGAAGCUUCUUCAGUGCUUGCUGAUUUUAUCUCUAGGGCUGGUAUAUCUGAUGCUCAUCAAGUAAUAUUCGAUGUUCCAAAUCUUAGUCAAAAGCACUCCUUACAACUUCAAAGUGGUUCUACUUCCAAGGAAGAUAAAUUGUGUUCCGACUAUGGUAUUUCUGAUGAUAUCUUGCUUGAUCUUCUGAAACUCUUGAAGACUUAUUUAUCAGACGGGUCUGUUGAAAUAAUAGAAGUUACUUCACGGACAUUGAAGGGGAUUCUGUCAACAUCGAAGGGCCUCAAUUCUCUGCAGUGUCUUGAUUCUCUUGAUAGAUCUUUACUGAUGGUUCAUUCGAGGGGAAUAAACACUCAGUUAGUUGAGCAGACACUUUUGGGGAUGGAUAAGUAUUCUACUGUUCCACUUGAAGAUUCAGACAUCUGGCAGACUGAUGGUCAGCCGUAUGAGCAAUGGUUAUGUACCCUAGUGAGCUCACUCAUUUCCCAUUGUGAUGACAUCAUCUUAAGACUUUGUAGAAGUCUUGUUUUUCUUAAAGUUGAGGCUGCUGAGCUUUUGCUGGCAAGUGCUCUGGUGAACAUUGCUGGCAAUAUGGAUUCUAAUAGCAGCAUUUGCGGAUUAAUUUCAUCAAAGGUUGAGAAAAUAAUUUUUUGCGACUCGAAUUAUAUGAUGAAAUCAGUUAAGCUAUUUCUGGAUGCACUGAAUGUUGUCAGAUCUUUUUAUGUUACCGAACGAGCCAGAGCUUCCCCCUCCCCUUACAAUACUCCAAAGGAUGGUAGUAGAUCCGCUAGAUCCAAAAGUAGGUCACCAGCGGCAACGCCGUCAUCUUCAUGGAGGAAGGUGUACUGGCUUUUGGUUGAUUAUCUUGUAGCUGCCAGAGCUGCUCAACGUUGCUCAUGUGACUUUGCGACGCUUAUGUAUGUUGAACUUUGGUGUGAGGAACAAUUCAAUAAGCUGGACCUAGGACCUCCAGAUUUUUCACAGCAAGAGUCGUUGCCACCACAUAUUGGGCUAUUGGUUGAGGCAUUUACUCACAUAAAUGAGCCGGACAGCAUUUAUGGAAUAACACUGGCCAAUGAGGUAGCUUCUCAAAUCAUUAGAUAUGAGCAUGAGGGUAACUGGAGCAGCGCUCUUGAAUAUUAUGAUUUACUAGUAAGAUCAACCCCGAAGGAGAACCUUGCCAAUUUUGCUGGGACAGUGUUGACUGGACCAUCUGUGUCUUCUAAAGCAGAAGAGAAUCUGCUGAACUGGAAAAUGCACAAAGGUCUGAUGAGGUCAUUGCAGAAAACUGGAUGUAGCCAUGUGCUUGAUAUUUACAGCCAAGGGUUAACCAACCAAAAAGCGUGCCUUCAACAGGAUUCAGAGUUUGUUGACAUACAAUACGAAGCUGCUUGGAGGGCAGGAAACUGGGAUUUCUCCUUUUUCGUUCCAUACUCUUCGCAGCUUUCAAGCCGCUCCCGCGAUUAUUGUCUUUUCAAUGAAAAUUUGCACAGUUGCCUAAGAGCUCUUCAGAAUGGUGAUGCUGAGCAGUUCCAGGGGAAACUUUCCCAUUCCAAAAUGGAUCUCGUGUUGGCUCUUUCAAAUGCUAGCAAGGAGAGCACGAAAUACAUCCACUCUACCGUUCUCAAAUUACAAAUGCUAGAUCAUCUUUCUAUGGCAUGGGAGCUGCGCUGGAAAUUUUGUCCCGACCAAGCUCCAAAAUCUAAUGUUGGAACUGAGGAAUUUUCUCUUGUGCCUGCUGUACCCAAGAGGAAUCAGCUGGAGUUGUUGAGUAAAGAGUGGAAUUUCAUCCUGUGUCAAACAGAACGUAACCUUGAUCUUUUUGAACCCUUUUUAGCAUUCAGACGUGGCCUCCUUAAGAUCUUAGGUUCUGAAGAACAUCUCAUAGAACAUUUAUUUCAAUCCGCUUCUGCACUCCGGAAGGGAUUAAGGUUUUCUUUGGCUGCGGCUUCCUUAUAUGAACUCAAAGAACUUUGCUGUCACAGAGAUCAGCAAACUGUGCCAAGCACUUAUUUCCUCUCAAAGCUUGAAGAAGCUAAACUGCUGAGAGCUCAGGGGCAGCAUGAUAUGGCUAUUGGUCUUGGUAAAUACAUACUGAAGAACCAUACUGAUGAGAGAAACAAAUCAGAUGUCUACCGAUUGGUUGGCAAGUGGUUGGCUGAAACAAGAUCGAGCAACUCAAGAACAAUCAUUGAAGACUACCUAAACCACUCUGUAGCUCUUGACAAAAAGUACAUGUCCAGGCAGUGUCGCACGCAUUUCCAUUUAGCACAUUACACAUACAACUUGUUCAAAAGCUACGAGGAAAGACUUUCAUCCAAUGAAUGGCAAGCCGCUCUGCGUUUAAGGAAAUACAAGACUAAGGAGUUGGAUACGCUGCUUAAAAGACUCAAAAAUUCAUCCAAGGCUGAGAAAAGUGAUUACGGUGCGAAAAUCCAAGAGUUGCAGAAACAACUUGCACUUGACAGAGAAGAAGCACAGAAGAUUCAGGAUGAUCGAGACGAGUUCUUGAGUCUAGCACUUGAGGGGUACCAACGUUCCCUAGUUGUUGGUGGCAAAUAUGACCUACAAGUGGUUUUCCGGUUGGUAUCACUGUGGUUUAAUCUCUUCUCAAGGAAACAAGUUGUGGACUCAAUGAUUAAAACAACAAAAGAGGUCCAAAGCUACAAGUUCAUACCAUUGGUCUACCAGAUUGCUUCUAGACUUGGGAGUUCAAAAGAUGCUCAGGGGUCAACAAACUUCCAGAAUGCAUUAGCUUCUCUGUUGAAGAAAAUGGCCAUUGAUCAUCCAUAUCAUACAAUAUGUCAGCUUUUGGCUCUAGCAAAUGGUGACCGUGUCAAAGACAAGCAAAGAAGUAGAAGUUCUUUUGUUGUAGAUAUGGACAAGAAGCUUGCUGCUGAGAAUCUAUUAAAGGAGCUAUCUUCUUUUCAUGGGGCUUUGAUUCGUCAGAUGAAGCAAAUGGUUGAGAUCUACAUUAGGUUAGCGGAACUGGAGACUAGGAAGGAGGACACUAACAAAAAAAUCUCACUACCCAGGGAGUUCCGCAGCAUUUGCCAGCUUGAACUUGCAAAGGUUCCUGUUGUGACUGCUACUAUUCCAGUUGACCCUAAUUGUCGGUAUGAAGAAGGCACCUUUCCACAUUUCAGUGGGCUGGUGGAUUCUAUUACUAUAAUGAACGGAAUUAAUGCUCCAAAAGUUAUUCAGUGUAUUGGCUCGGAUGGUAACAGAUACCGCCAACUUGCAAAAUCUGGAAAUGAUGACCUGCGACAAGAUGCUGUGAUGGAGCAAUUUUUCAGUUUGGUAAAUAUGUUCUUGCAAAAUCACAGAGAUACUUCGGAAAGGAGAUUGCGAAUACGCACAUAUAAUGUUGUUCCUUUCACCCCAAGUGCUGGUGUCGUUGAAUGGGUAAAUAGGACUGUUCCGCUUGGUGACUAUCUCUUAGACAGCAAUAGAAUUGGCGGAGCACAUGCACGAUAUGGAACUGGAGACUGGACAUUUCUGCAAUGUAGAGAGCACCUGGCGUGUGAGAAAGACAAAAGGAAGGCGUUUUUCAAAAUCUGCGACAACUUUAGGCCUGUGAUGCACCAUUUCUUCAUUGAGAGAUUCUUGCAGCCCGCAGACUGGUUCCAAAGUCGACUUGCGUACACAAGAAGUGUGGCAGCAAGCUCAAUGGUGGGAUAUAUUGUUGGGCUUGGAGAUCGCCAUUCCAUGAACAUUCUCAUUGAUGAAGACACAGCCGAGGUUGUGCACAUUGAUCUUGGUGUUGCAUUUGAGCAGGGUCUCAUGCUUAAAACACCUGAACGGGUUCCAUUCCGGCUGACAAGGGACAUCAUAGACGGCAUGGGCGUUACUGGCACUGAAGGUGUAUUCAAAAGAUGCUGUGAGAAAACUCUGUCUGUUAUGAGAGAAAAUAAAGAGGCAUUGCUCACCAUUAUUGAAGUCUUCAUCCAUGAUCCUCUUUAUAAAUGGGCCCUUUCGCCACUGAAAGCCUUACAGCGUCAGAAGGAAACUGAAUACAAUGACUCGUGCCUGGAUGAUUCUCAAGAGGCGUACGAGGGCAACAAGGACGCGGCCCGUGCGAUACUCCGCGUCAAACAGAAGCUGGACGGUUAUGAGGACGGCGAGAUGAGGAGCGUAGAGGGGCAGGUCCAGCAGCUCAUACAGGACGCGGUAGACACUGAUCGGUUAUGCCAGAUGUUCCCAGGGUGGGCACCUUGGCUGUGAAGCACCCAUGAGAAAGAACAUAGAUGGGAGAUUCCGAACCCGCGGUAGAAGCGAUGUUGUGACUGCUAGAGAAGCUUUUACUUUUGGCGCCCGGUGCCUGUUUUUGUGCGUGAAGGUGAGAAACAUGGAUGGAGAUUACGAACCCAUGGUAAAAGCGAUUUUGUCACUGCUUGAGAAGCUUUUAAUUUCGGUGCUUGCUCUUGUGCGCGAAGGUGGAAGAGGGACUUAUCACAUCAUACAUGGGCCUGUAGGUGUACAUAUAACUGUUGUAGAUAUACUUGGCUGUUGAUUGUAUAUAAAGGGGCCUCUUGUCUGGAGGAUGUACGCAUGGAAGAAAGGUAAAACUCGUGAGUAGUGUUGAUGAAAUGUAAAAGAAGUUGCUUUUCAAGGACUAUUGUAUUUUCUUUAUAACUCACUAACCACAAUGCACGCCACAAAGAUACGAAUAUCUUUUGACCAUGGUGUCUGAUGCACAACAAAUAUUGAUGUGUGGAAAGUGAAUU